UGACAGCUUAACGUCAUUCUGAAGUGCCACUCAGUAUCAGUUGAAAGUUGACCACAACUUGGUUGAUACCGAAUUGAACCGGGCGCAAAUUCUGGAUACUUGGUCACUUUUUUGAUAUUACACGCAGUAACCCUCACGAAGACAUGGACGAGUUGAGCUUUUGCGAUCGACUGCUGGGAAAGAAAUCCUUUCUGGAGAAAGCAAGAGAGGUCAGCGCGAAUGUGGCGGAGGAAAGUAGGUACGAAGGGCUGAAGAUUGACUACGAUUUUGAGAACCUCGUGUUUGAAGGAGGCGGUGCGAAAGGAAUUGCUUACGCUGGUGCGAUAAAGGCACUCGAGGAUCUCGGAAUAAUGAAGAAGAUUAAGAGGGUCGCCGGGGCGAGUGUUGGUGCUUUUUCUGCAAUGCUUGUGGCAAUUGGAGCGAGCGUCGAUGAGCUGAUAGUACAAGGCUUAAUUGAUAUAAAAUAUCUUACAAACGAUGCUGGCGGUCUCUUUAAUGUUAUCAUGAACUUGUUCAAGAGAUUCGGAAUGAAUCCGGGGAAUAGGUUGCUGGACCACAUCCGGAAAAUGCUGGAGAAAUACACAGGAAACCCGAACAUAACAUUUGAGGAACUCUACAAGUUACGGGGAGUAGAGCUGUGUGUGGUCGUCUCGAAUCUCAGCAUCUCCUCCAUCGAGUACUGCCACAUGAAGACAACGCCGGAUUUACCAAUUGCUCUUGCUGUGAAGAUAUCGAUGUCACUACCAUUUCUAUUUGAGCCGAAUAAGAUUCCAGUUGGGUUCACUCGUGGUCUGAAUGAAAAUGAGCUCUACGUCGACGGUGGCGUGCUAUCGAACUAUCCAGUGAGAGCAUUUGAUGGUUGGUUCCUCAGCUUGGACGUGGAGCAGUCAUUUUUUCACAUGGUUGGCAGCGAUGUGCCAAUGUUUGAAGGAGAAAACAAGAAGACACUGGGUCUUAAAAUUUUUGAUGCUCGUGAAAAUGAUGCGGAUGAGUUAAUCUACAUGCGAAGAUACGGAGAGGAAAAACAGAAAAGACCCCGGACUGCUCUUAGCAAAAAAAAUGGAAAGAAAGUUGAUAAAGUACUAAAGGCGAAGACACUGAAGCUGAGGAUGGCCGAAGCGGCUACCAAAUUCUUGACGUUCCUCAAGAAAUGUGAUACGGAUGGCAGCGGGACUAUAUCCCUUGAAGAAUUCAAAGCUGGGCUGAGACGUAUUGGGGUCGGAGACAAAGAGAAGGAGGAGCAAGAAUCUGCAUGUUCUUCCGGUGAAUCUUCCUCAGCGAAGGAUGGCGAGUUCAGUCUGGCAGACUGGCAUCUCCUCUUUGAAUCGGAAUCUCUCAAGGCCGGCAUGGAUGUUGAUGAAAUAUUUUCCGAAAUAGAUAAAGACAGCGACAAGGAGAUUACCUUUACCGAAAUUGUGUCCUACAUGUCGAAGAAGGGCGUGGCCCUCCGUCGAAUCAUGAUUAAAGCCCGCGGCGCCCACCGCCCAGACUUGAAGAGUCUACCGGAUUUCAUCUCUGCUUUCACUGAUACAUAUGCUAUCACGCUGACACAACUAAACAGUCUGCCGAAUGAGAAUGAACGCACUAUUGGCGUCUUUACCGAUUAUGUGGGCACACUUGAUUUUGAGCAGGAACUGGCGGACAGCAGAUAUGUCAUAAAGCAAGGAUGGUUAGCUGCUGUCAGCUUCCUCAAGGAGAGGAACGCUAAAAAAUAAAAUGGACCUAGGAUGGAAGCCGAGGAACUAGAGGCGAAAUGAUAACGCGAAAACUACUUUAAUUUUGAACAUUAUAUUUUGUGAUAUGACGUCAUG